GCUGUCUGUCACUGUCAAGUCGGUGAAGUCGGCAGUCAGCUUAAAAAACAACGUAAAACAACACAAAAAAUUUAAUUAAAAGCCUCGGUAUUUACAAACCUCAAAGUCGUUUACUAUAAAAAUUAGUGGUAUAAAAUUUUACAAGUUUUUUUCAUAGCAAGAUGUCGCAAGCCCGGUUCACAUCAUGCAUUCCUUUACCGUUGGAACAUAAGACGCUGGUAGCAGUUAUAGAGAAGGCCAAGGACUGGGCUCUCAUGCAUGGAGUAGGCAUGAGAGACAAGAAGAACUUCACCAAGGAUGCUAUCCAGAUUGCACCCUUUGUAUUGCUGCCAUCUCCGUUCCCUCGGACCGAGUUCAACAAGGCUGUAGAGCUGCAGCAGGUUCUGAAUGAGCUCAUGCAUAAGGUUGCCCAUGACGACGAUUUUCUGGAACAUACGCUGCAAAACGCACUUCAAGUCGACGAGUUCACGGCCAACCUCUACGACAUAUGGGUCAAAGUCCGGAAGGAGGGCAUCGCUCAACCGGUAUCGCUAGGCAUGCUGCGCUCCGACAUUAUGCUGGAGUCGCGCUGCCCGCACACGGAGAACCAGUGCGCGAAGCACACGCCCUACUGCUCCUGGAAGCAGGUCGAGAUCAACAGCAUCGCGUCCGGGUUCGGCCAUCUUGGGCCCACCCUCAGCCUGGGGCUGUUCCGCUCGGACUACCUGAUGCAGCAGCCGGACUGCAAUAAGAUAAAACAAGUGGAGUUUAACACGAUCGCGUCGAGUUUCGGCGCCAUCUCCUCGAACCUUCCCGCCAUGAAUCGCUACAUCUUGCGGCAGUUGGGAUUCGGUGAACUUAUAAAGAACAUGCCAGAAAACAAGGCCCUCUCGGGCCUCUGCUCCGGCAUUAUAGAGGCCUACGAUCUAUUCGGGGUACCCGGUUCAGUAGCCUUGUUUGUGGUCGAAGAAGUGUCCUACAACAUCUGCGACCAGCGCUUUCACGAGUUCGAGAUAUCGGAGACACGGCCCGACAUUAUAAUAUACAGAAAAACACUGAAUGAAAUAUUCGAAGAAACGUCACUUAACGACAAAAAACAAUUAAUGCUAGACGAUAAAGUGGUCGCCGUUGUGUACUACAGAUCUGGGUAUGAACCGGCGCAGUAUCCAUCUCAAAAGGAAUGGGAUGCGAGGCUCAGAGUAGAACGAUCCACGGCCAUCAAAUGUCCGUCCAUCCACUACCAGCUGGCUGGUACGAAGAAGGUACAGCAGGCGCUAGCGGCUCCCGGUGCGCUCGAACAAUUCCUAGGCGCUGGCGCUAUUUCGGGCCGAGUAAGGGAUAUUUUCACUGGACUGUACUCGUUGGACUUCGACGACAGCGGAGAGCGAGCGGUCGAGAUGGCUCUAGAAGAUGCUGAACGGUUCGUGCUGAAACCCCAGCGAGAGGGAGGCGGCAACAAUUUAUAUGGAGCUGACGUCCGCGAAGCGUUACUUCGAAUGAGACACAGUCGCGAACGGGCCGCAUACAUCCUCAUGGAGCGGAUAUUACCACCGCUGGUAUCCGGUUACGUGGUGCGGCCGGGCGGGCCGGUGCCGCCGCCGCUCGCCGACCUGGUGUCCGAGCUCGGCAUCUUCGGUGUUAUCAUCGGAUCAAAAGACAAAAUCUACAGCAACCGACAAGUAGGCCACAUGCUGCGUACUAAGCUCGCGGACGCGAACGAGGGCGGCGUCGCGGCCGGCCUCGGGGCUCUCGACUCGCCCUACCUACUCGACCUCUAACCUAAGAGAAUUUAUUGUAAUCGAGAGAUUGAUCGGAUACUCCACCGAACACUGUCUAUGAUCGUAAUAUGAUAACAAUCAUACUAGCCGUGUCUUAUCCGACCUCGACAUUGGCAGUAUCAUCAACACCUUGAUGGAGCCAUAAAACGAAAAAUGUAUUGAUAGAUGGAGCUGAACAGCGCCAUCUCCUGUCAAUUUGAAGCACGAAAUUGUUUUAGAUUUUACGCAUCUUGUUCGACCAAUCUGUCUUUGCUGUAACUCACAGCUACUCGAUAUACUCGCCUUGUUACCCGUCCGUACAGUGCCAUCAUCAGACAUAUCGGAGCGAGAUGUUGACAAAUAUCUGAACCAAACCUCUUGGCAGGGGAUAAGUUAUAAGGAAUAUCAGCCCGUUAUAAGGAAGGUUGUUUAGUAAAAUUGAAAUCUGCAACUAUAAUUAGAAAUUUAUAGCAUUGCUUGCGACCUUGUUCGAUUUGGUUAUAUUUUUUUAUGGAUAAGUCAAGUUAAUAUAUUCUUUAUUCAAAUAGGCCUAGCAACAAGUACUUUUAAAUCGUCAAAUUUUACAAAUAUCAUCUUAAUCUAAAUAUCAGAGCGAUUUAUUGAUGCAGUUAUUAUUGUUCUAAAAAAACAUUGAAUUAUUAUAGAUAUGGUAAACUUAAUAAUAAGAAUUUCACAAAAGGAUCGUCAAACACCAAAAUCGUAUAAAAAUACUAGUCUAGAAACUUUCUAGAAUAAAAUCUAAAUGUCAAAAAAUACGGUAUUAUCAAUUUCAUCAUUAUUAACAUAACAAUAUAAAAAAAAACUUUUGUUUUAUUUAAUCGUAUGUUAUAUAAAAUGAAAGCUUAUUUUAUAUAUAAUCUGACUGUAAUAGGUUGCCUUAUUAAAAAGUUGGUCGAAUCCAUGGUUGCCUAGAUUGACCGAUUUUUAUCUAAAACAAAAUAAGCUUUCAUUUGAUAUAAUAUACAAUUAUAUAACAAAAAAAAUUGUCCGUAAGCAAUUUAACUAGGCAACCUAUUUCCGAUGUGUCAAUGUGUUAUAACGUAUCUUAGACCAUCUACUUUCAAGACGUCAAGUGCAUGUUCAGAUAUUUUUGAACGCUUUCUGAGGUGGCUCCGAUAGAUCUGAUGGCGAUGUAACUAGUGGCCUUACUUAGGUACCCGACUUGUAACACUUUGUACCGCUAGAGUUCACACUCGAAGGCCGAGAAAUCGAGGAACCUGCACUCGAAAUUGCUCCGAUUUCGAGCGUUGGCAACAAUACAAGGUGUAAAAAAAGUGGGGACACGAUUAACUUAUAUUUGGUAUUCUAAUUAGGAAAAUGUGGGAGAAAAUACUUUUUUGACCCGAACAAUGUUUGGCCUUUUGUAUGAAGAGUUGGUCGACUUGGACGACAUGCCAUAGAAAAAGUUUUUUUUUUGUCAAAAAAUUAUUUUAAUACUUUUUUGUGCUCAGCGAACACUUUAACGGAUCCCCAGUUUUUGUUGCAUCUUGUAUAUUUAUGUUCUUGCAGAAAGCGAAACGAAGUUGCCGCUUUCCGGUUCCGUCGAACAGAAAAAUAGUAUACACACCUCGACCAGUAAAUAAAGCCUCAGAUAACAUGUUUGUCGAGACAUUUCUUACUUUAAUGCUCUAGGUACAUAAAAUAGUAUUGUCAAGUAACAACCAAAAGUCACUAAUAGAGUAAUAGCAAAAGAGUGACCAUAUAAAAAUCAACCUUAUUUUGCUACUUGUAAGGUUCACGAUGGCUCUGUAUUCAUGGGCGCAGGCAGGUACAGGCAGUGGGGGCAGCCGCCCCCCUCCCACUCCUGGAGCUAAAUUUUUUAUACUUUUAUGCUCCUCUUCGGCGUCUCCCCUCCCGAUAGCCCUCUGGCGAUAGCAACUUGCCCCCCCGCUCCUACUUCACUCUUACUUCAAUCAACCUUAUUUUAAUGAACCAUGGGGUACAUGGGCUAUGAACUUGUGGUGGUAAUUAUAGUGAGUUUUGCUUAUCACCUGACGAUAUUGUAAUUUUAUUGAGUUUUCGUUGUGACCUUCUAGUUCGUGUCAUCCACAAUGACGCGUAGAUUUGUCAAAUUUAACCUUGAAUUACAUGACAUAACGGGUCAAAGCACGCGUCUUCGUGAAUGACACGAUCUAUAAGAUUUAUAACCGAAUUAUAUGUUUAAAACAAAUUUAUAUUAAAGUAAAUUCACUUAUUGAAGUAGAGUCGUGUGCAGAUCAUUUUGAACACUUUUUUCGUGUGAAUAUUUCUGUUGCCCGGUGCGCAGUGAAACAUAAUUAAGAAUAAAUAAGUCAAAUAGAAGCAAAGUCAGUAACAUCCUCUUCAACUAACACUUAAGACUUAUAAGUUUGGGAUUAUCUAUAUAUUAUGUCACAGCAACAAGGGGAGGAGGGGGUCAUGCCAAAUAGAGAUCAUGAGAUAGAAAAAAGCGUGGAUAGGGGGGUGAAGAACUGGAAAUGGAUGACGCCUUUGCAAUAGAGAGUAUUACUGCAAUGAGCUGCCGCCGGAGUGCUGCACUAGCAUCUUUCGUAAACCAUAGAGUAACUUAUACAUACUGUGCCUUAAACUGUUUUUUGACAAGUUUUCACAGAUAAUAAAAUAUGACCUUGUUGCAUCAAGGCGGUUUGUUUACAAAGGGCCUACCGGGAAACGCGAAAAUCGAAAUUUAGUUAUCUACCUCGUUAUCGCUCGAAUAUGCAAGAGUGAUAGAGAGGUUAGAUAACGAAAUUUCGAUUUUCUUGUUUCGCGGUAGACCCUCAGAUUGUGAUGGAUUGUGAAAGUGGCGCCCCCUAAGUAGAGUUUCGCGUAAUAUUCCCUGUUAAAUAUUUCUUCUGUUGAAGUAGACGGUGCUGAUUUCGCUUCUUUAUGACUCGUAUCUUGUAAAUUGAUUGCAAUAUGAUUUGAGGUUCAUUGCACAUACAUAAAUGAUCUCCGUUGCACUUUUAAUAUCAAAUGUAAGUAUUAUGAAAGUUAUAUAUAACCUAAUUUACGAGUAUAUACACUUAAUAGCAAACUUAAACAGGUCAUGUCGUAAAGAAACUUGUUGGAAAAUGGAUCAUAUAAACGAUCCAAUGCCCUCAAAUGUAUGUAUAAUAUUUAUAGAUAGCAAAUAGUUUGCUAAACUUAACGACAAAAUCGCACACAUUUCGCCAGUUGACUUCGAAAAAUUGGGAAUAAAAUGUGGCGAAGACCGUCUAUAAGGGAAGACCGUUUACAAGCUAUUUCGUCGCUUUUAUGCGUUUGUACACAUACUCCACUUACAAAAGGUCAGUAUAGUAGAGAGCAGAUAGAGUAAAUGAGUAAAGCUUUUCCUUUCUGUGUGUGCGAUGUACGUAUACAAAUACGAGAUGUCUUGCCGUAUAACGGUCUUACCUGCUAUGAAUUUUAUAAGGUGCGGCUUUACGGGCGCAUUUUUAUCACUUGUCACUAUGCCUGUCACUUUCGCACUUACAUACUUGUUAGAACGUGAGAGGCAUGGCGACAAGCGAUAAAAAUGCGUCCGUGCUACCGCCGCUGGUCUGCCUCACAUUGACCUAUAUUACAAUUUACCGAUCUCGCAAUUCUUAUUUUAGAUUCCGAAUUUAUUAAAGUAUUUCUAUGACUUGAGCAUACUAUUAUAUUUUUUUUAUUUACUAGAUUUACAUUCCAAAGAAUUUAUUAUUACUAUUUUCAUGAAAUAAUUCCAUUGGGUUUGUACAGUAACUUGGUGUAAAUAACUAAAUGAACAAAUCAGAAAACUUCUACUGGUCCUUUUAUAUCUUCAAAAAUAAUAAUUAAUUUAUUGAAAUUCUUGAAACCCUUGAAAUUGAAAUUCUUGAAACUCUUGAAAUUGAAAUUCUUGAAAAGUUUUAUUGGAACAUAAGUAUAGAAGUAUUUUGAUUUGUUAUUUAAUUGGUGCUGCUGUAUAGGCUAUGAUAUAUCAUACAUGUAAUGAAAUAUGUUUUUUACUAUUUUGACUACCAAAUAAACACAAUAAAUGAA